CAGAGUGAGAGAGCAGCAGACAGAGAUAGAGAAAGGGAGAAUGAGGUGGGGGUGGAGCAACCACAACAAAAAAUCUGAAAAGCAGCCUGAUGAAAAGCAGCACAGAGAAGGAACCGAAGAUGUCCUCCUGCAGAUUAAAGCAGCUCACAGAUUAUUUGGAUUAUUUUUUUUAAAUAAACAGUCAUGAGAAACUAGGGGGACCAUCAAAGCCCUGAGGAUUCAGGUUUCUGACUGAGGAUGACCGUCACUUAUUCCAGUAAAGUAGCCAACGCCACCUUCCUGAGCUUCCACCGGCUGCUGCUGCGCUGGAGAGGGAGCAUCUACAAGCUGCUGUACCGGGAGUUCAUCCUGUUUGCUCUGCUCUACACCGUCCUCAGCCUCGUAUACAGGUUUAUCCUCUCAGAUGAGCAGAAGAGAUUAUUUGAGAAACUUUCCAUCUACUGUGACAGAUACGCUGAGCAGAUCCCUGUCACAUUCGUCCUGGGUUUCUAUGUCACAUUGGUGGUAAAUCGUUGGUGGAAUCAGUUCGUUAACCUGCCCUGGACAGACAGACUCAUGUUUCUCAUCUCCAGUUGUGUUCAGGGUAAAGAUGAAUACGGACGUCUUCUGAGACGGACGUUGGUACGCUACGUAAACCUGACGUCGCUGCUCAUCUUCCGCUCUGUCAGCACCGCCGUCUGCAAGCGAUUCCCAACCAUUGAUCAUGUGGUUGAAGCAGGUUUCAUGACUCCUGAGGAGAGGAAGGUGUUUGAGAACAUACGUUCUCCUCACCUCAAGUACUGGAUCCCUGUUGUCUGGUUCUCCAACCUGGCGUCUAAAGCCCGGCAAGAAGGACGCAUCCAAGAUAGCAUCGACCUGCAGAAUAUUCUGAGUGAGAUGAAUCUGUUCAGGACGUGGUGUGCGACUCUUUUCGGCUAUGAUUGGGUCGGCGUCCCGUUGGUUUAUACGCAGGUCGUCACUCUUGCUGUCUACACCUUCUUCUUCGCUUGUCUAAUUGGUCGUCAGUUCCUUGACCCCGCCCAGGGUCACACCGGCCAUGACCUCGACCUUUAUGUCCCUGUCUUCACCCUGCUGCAGUUUUUCUUCUACUGCGGCUGGCUUAAGGUAGCAGAGCAGCUGAUUAACCCGUUUGGAGAAGAUGAUGAUGACUUCGAGGCUAACUGGAUUAUAGACAGAAAUCUUCAGGUGUCUCUGCUGGCUGUGGAUGAGAUGCACAUGAACCUUCCUCACAUGACCAAAGACGUGUAUUGGAACGACAGCGAUGCUCGUCCGCCGUACACGCUGGCUGCUGCCGAUUACUGCAUCCCCUCGUUCCUCGGCUCCACCACCGACAUGGGACUGUCUGACAUCCUGCAGCUUGAGGAAUGUGAGGUUUCUGACAGUCAACCACAGCAACAGGAGCCGUUUUUGACUCGCCGACAAGAAUCGGUUCUGGGUCGAGUCCGACGCUUGCUUAGCGUUCAGGAACCUCCUGAUCUCAGACAUCCUCGACCCGUCUUCAAACGCCACAGCAGCGACGCCACCAGCAGCUUCUUCCUGGACUUCAGGGCCAAUCCAGCUUCAGCGGACGCAUCUCAGCCUUUCUCCGUACCCGUCCCGCCGUCGUCUCUGGAGACCCUGUCCACCUUAAGGGAGGUCAACAGCAACCCGCCGUCACCUGAGAGUUCGUCCUCGGUCGUUUUCCCCCGCCUGGUUGUCAGCCCGCCGUUGUUCUCUGGGGCCGGCCUUCACGGCGAGAAACACCAGAACGGUCUGGAUCGCUCGCCCACUGAAGAACCACCAAACACGGACGCUACGAGUAUUUCUGGGACCAGCGCUAUAUGUUGUUCCCCAACUCAUCUGGGACCCAAGGAGUUCCGCUGGACGACCAUCAGCGCCAAGAACCGUCCCCCAACCAGGCCGAGGGGACGCCAGUUCUCCCUGCAGUUCUCCAGGCAGACGUCAAAGGCGUCAGUCCGUAGCCUGCCGAGUCCAAAGGGACUGGGACGCCGGAGAAGAGGCCUGGGUCGCCAUCAGUCCCGCCGAUCGCCCAGUCCCACCACCAACACGCUCCAGCUGCCAGAGCCGGACUACGACAACGAGUUCCAGGGAAUGGCAGGGAGCGAGGACAACGAGAGGGGAGAGACGGGCCAGAGCGAUGAGCCGAAAGACGCAAACUCUCAGCUACGAAGUUUGGAGAAGAAAUGAGAAGCUAUUAAAAAUCAGAGAAACUGACAACGGCUGGACCCACGAGGAGCCGCUAUUCUGUCCACAGGAAGAGGAGCUUUAACGUGCUUUGGUUUAAAUCAUGUCGUAAAAGGUGGACCUGGUGGUCUCUGGCGAGGUAUUUAAAAAUCCGGAGUUUGGGUUCAACAUUUGGUUAGUUGUUAGAGAC